CUCAGCCCAUUGGCAGCAGUGGGCUCCGCUGCCGCUCCUGAGAGUGACUGGUGCCCCACAGACUCUGGAAGUGCUGGCAGAUGGAGGAAGACGCUCCCCGACCAGGACAGUCUGUCUCUCUCUCGGCCAUAGCCGACGGUCUGGAGAACUUGGGAGCGGAGUUCUUGGAAAACCUGGAGGAAAACCAGGGUUCUGGCUUUGACUGGAGCCCUGCCGAGGAUGUGGGCAGUUGGAGUGAGGCAGGGCCCAAGCCCUUCUCCAGGUGGAGGAGCCUGCAGCCGGCCACGAGGGCGGGACGCCUUUACAGGGAACACGCGCAGCUGUUCCGAUGGCUCCUCACAGGCCUGCUCUGCACCGGUGAGAGAAUGCAUGCCAAGCACCUGACCUCGUACGUUGCACGCACUGAGCGCUCAGGUGACGGCUCUCUGCCCCUCCUCCGCAGGGUGCUAGCCCUUGUUGCUUUGCUGGGCCUGAUCCUGUGGUUGAUUCUGGAUACUGCCCGGCGGCCGGAGCAGCUGGUGUCCUUUGCCGGGGUCUGCGUGUUCCUGCUCCUCCUCUUUGCCUGCUCAAAGCAUCACCGCGCAGUAUCCUGGAGAGCAGUGUCCUGGGGCCUCGGGCUGCAGUUUGCACUUGGACUCUUUGUCAUCAGAACAGAACCAGGAUUUGUCGCAUUCCAAUGGCUGGGUGACCAGAUCCAGAUCUUCCUGAGCUACACUGUGGCUGGCUCCAGCUUUGUGUUCGGGGAGGCCCUGGUCAAGGACGUCUUUGCCUUUCAGAUUGCCUGGCUGAUGCAGGUCACCAUGGGCACCACGGCCACCGAGACCCUCAGUGUGGCUGGGAACAUCUUUGUGAGCCAGACGGAGGCUCCUCUCCUGAUCCGGCCCUACUUGGCAGACAUGACGCUCUCUGAGGUCCACGUCAUAAUGACUGGAGGCUACGCCACCAUCGCUGGCAGCCUGCUCGGCGCCUACAUCUCCUUUGGGAUCGACGCCGCCUCCUUGAUUGCUGCCUCCGUGAUGGCCGCUCCUUGUGCUUUGGCCCUCUCCAAGCUGGUCUACCCGGAGGUGGAGGAGUCCAAGUUUAGGAGUGAAGAAGGGGUGAAGCUGACCUAUGGCGACGCACAGAACCUCUUAGAAGCAGCCAGCAGCGGAGCUGCUGUGUCCAUAAGGAUCGUUGCCAACAUCGCCGCCAACCUGAUUGCGUUCCUGGCGGUGCUGGCCUUCAUCAAUGCUGCCCUCUCCUGGCUAGGGGACAUGGUGGACAUCCAGGACCUCAGCUUCCAGCUCAUCUGCUCCUACAUCCUGCGGCCUGUGGCCUUCAUGAUGGGCGUGGCCUGGGAGGACUGCCCCGUGGUGGCCCAGCUGCUCGGGAUGAAGCUGUUUCUGAACGAGUUCGUGGCCUACCAGGAACUCUCGCAGUACAAGCAGCGCCGCCUCGCAGGGGCCGAGGAGUGGGUCGGCGACCAGAAGCAGUGGAUCUCCGUCAGAGCGGAAAUCCUCACAACGUUCGCCCUCUGUGGAUUUGCCAACUUCAGCUCCAUUGGGAUCAUGUUGGGAGGCCUCACCUCCAUGGCCCCCCAGCGGAAGAGCGACUUCUCCCAGAUUGUGCUCCGGGCGCUCUUCACGGGGGCCUGCGUGUCCUUGAUAAAUGCCUGCGUGGCAGGGAUUCUCUACGUGCCCAGGGGGGCUGAGGUGGACUGUGUGUCCCUUCUGAACACGACCCUCAGCAACAGUAGCUUUGAGGUGUACCAGUGCUGCCGCGAGCUCUUCCAGAGCACCAGCCCCUCCUUCGGUGCAGAGGCCCUGAGCAACUGCUGUGGAUUUUACAACCACACCACCUGUGCUUAGCAGGUCCAGCACGCCUGCCCGCACCCUUCCCCUGUGCAGGCUCCUCCCCUGGGGGCCAUCAGACUUGCCUGGGACACGUGUUGGGAAGGUGGUGGAGAGGGAAUGAGCAGGCAGAGGGAGAGGAGGUGGUUGUACGAGUAAAUGAGAGAAAAGCCCUGUUCUUGAACCCCUUUCUGCCCCCACGUUCGCUACCUCCCCAAAUGUGACUUCUUGGGGGUCACUCAACCUCCACCUCUCAUUUGCAUAUUUAAAUAGCACCCUGAUCUUCUCCAGUCUCUUUUCCCCCUAGGAGUGUCUCAUAUGCGCCUAUUCCUUCUGUGGGGACCCCCCCACCCAGGGCUCCAUCUCACCUGCCCUGUGGCCUUACCACCUACCCACCGCUCACCCCUCCUGUCACCCCAUGCCCACCCUGGAUCCUAGCAGCUCCCGAGGUUUCCCUGACAGACUAUUUCUCCGGUGAAUCCUCCCCCUACUUGCUGCGGCUCCCCUAACACUUCCCAAACUAGUAUCGGUGGCACACUCCCACCAGGUAGAGGGCUUCCACGGGCACACGCGUUUGGACAGGGCUGGGCUAAAUAAAUGCAGUCACACAUGUUUCUUCACUGCCGAUUUGCCGAGGAGACCAGGCACUUUCUAAGUGCAUUUGACCUUAUUUGACCUCUCAUUCCAAGGUUCCCCAGAAUGCAAUUUGGGCAAUACUGAUUAGAGUCCAAAGUGCUUGAUUUCACAUCAUUGUAAUGCCAGCAGAAGUCUCUACAGUUGAGGAACUGGAGGUCCAAAGAGGUUAAGUAACUUGCUGAAAAUGAGGGUAGAGUCAGGAUUUGAACCCAGGACACCUGUUCCCAUAAGCCAGAGUGCGGAUUCUCUACUAAGCUGCUAGAGUUCGAGGGGCUCUCCUGCCCUCCCAAGGGCUCUGCUCCUUGAGGUCCUGCUUCUGUUUCCCCAGUAUGCCCUUUCUCCUCCUCCCGCCUAUGCUGUUCCCUAGAACCUGUCACCGCAAUGAUUUGAGAUAUGCCCUGCCACUGUGGCCCUCAGCCAGCAUUCCCAGUUUGGACCCAAGGCACGGGGAAUAUGGGAGGCCCUGCAAUGACCUGUUUCGGCCUCAGUCAGCCAGGGUCCCACUUCUGCUCUUGAAGCACUUCAAGUCCACUGGGAGCUGGCCUUGCUCCUUGCGACUCCUGCAUGCUGACCUGUAGUCCCUGUCCUCGAGGCGUGAGUCCUUUCCCUUAGAAUAGAGCCUUGCCCUGACUCCCCUGCCCCUUAGCCAGCCCUUCCCUUGCUUUCUUCAAUCCCCUACACAGCCCCUACCCCUGCUCCAAGUCCCUUGGGCUUUUAGCAGAAGGCCCUGCUGAUGUGGACUACGGAACAGUCUCUUGUGAUUGCUCUAAGCCCCUUCCCUGCCUCUCUGUUGACACCCAACUUCACCACCCAGCUCAGGACGGCACCUGGGCUCCCUGCAUGCUAGUCACAAGGCCAGUGUGACUAGUCACAAGACUAUAAACCCCUUCAAGCAAAGGCUCUGCCUCAGCAUUCUCCCACACUACCUAGCACAGUGUGGGCCCAUGAAGGUACUCACUACAUGCUCGUGGGAUUGAAGUGCAACAUUUUGUCACUUCUCUCAAAGCCACCAGAAUACAUUCUGGGCUGUACACGUAUCGAAUUCUUUCGACUACAGCUGUUCUGAUCGUGGGGACGGGCAUGGAAUUAAGAGGAGGCUUUCUACUGCAGUAAGAGUUCGUCUCAGACAUCCCCAGAGGCAGUUGCAUCCUGCCCUACAGAGCUGCUGCAAGUCAGAAGUGACUUGAACGGGAGUGACUUGGGUUUCGUAUUUGUUUUUAAGUCAUCUGAGCAGCUGACUCUCCCUCUCUCCACCACCCAUUCCGCUCCUCCUUCCUCGCUUUGCACACCGAGAGGUUGGAUGUGAUUGCAGAUAUACCCUACCCAGAGAAAACUCUGAGACUGACAUCAGAUGCUCAUGCUUAAUUGGAUCCAUCUUGUUUGCAGUUUCCAAGUCAGGGCCCGCACAGAUGCCUCCAUGUAUCCCUCCACUGCCAUGGCAGGCAUUCCUAAUCAAUCACAGCACUCCUCUCUGACUCCAGUAGGGGAUUCUGAAUACACGUGAACUCCGCGCUGGAUGACUUAAGGUGACUUUCAGGCAAAAACUAUCAUCCUUGAGCUAAGCAAUGGAUCCUAAGAACCCAAACUGCCAUUGAUCUUAUAUUGCUGGUCUGCAAAGGUCUGUACAUUUUGCCACGGAGUAGAAAUUAAUUGUAAUGAGGAACAGAGUGGGCUCAUCCCCGAGAAUAAGGUCUCUAUACGACACUCUGCUCUCCAGCUUUGUGUGUUCUCAUUAAGAGACAAUAGGUUUUCAUUAAGAAGUGUACGUUGAGUUUUGAUCAAGGAGCCUAUAGAAAGAUCCGGAGCAAAAGGGGGAGCAAUACAGAACAGAAUUUCAGAGUUUCAUGGAAUCCAGACUUUCUGGAGCCAUGAAGGUUGGAUGGGCUCCAGAAACUAUUGCCCUGAGGUCAUCUGUAAGCCUUCAAUCAAAUAUACCCUCUGAGAUCUUCUCUAAAGCAAACCACCGUUCAGUUUAACGAGUAAAGAAUGUCAGCCUCGAGCAGUGUGCGCUGAGAACGACCUCGAUGGGGUCGAAUGGACGACAGCAGCCUGGAAGUUCAGAUGAGUGUCAGCAGAGGGGCGGCCAGUCGCCUGUAUCAGUAAAGGAGGGGGAGGAUGGUUGCAUGACUUGAGUAAAGUCGCAUCACUGAAUUGUCUCCGUAAACAUGGAA